AUGCAUAACUUUUCCUAUGACGGGGACUCCCAGGAUGCUUCUCAGCUGCUCCAGAGCUCCCAGUUUCUCCAGGAACCCGAUAUGUCUGUUCUAGAAAGAAUGAAGCGUCGUCUUGGACUCAUCAAUGACACACAAGUAAUAGAACCAGAGGUUCAAACCGAGUUGAAGGAAACCCAGGUUGUAGCCAAGCCUAUGCAGCUUGCACAGCUUCCAGCAGAGGAUGCGGAAAUCCAGUUUUUAGACGAAUUGCUGGAAAAAGAGAAUUCACAGAAACCAGAAAUACAAGAGAAUUCACCAUUGACUGAAACGAAAGAAAACUCACCAUUACCUGAAACGAACGAGAAUGCAACAAUACCUGAAACGCAAGAAAUUUCCACGACACAGAAAGAACCCGAAACAGUCCCCAAACCAGACCUUUCUGCCCUUUUUCUCAGCGAAGAGUCAGACGAAGAAGACCGCCAGCAAAGAAUAAACCAGCUAAUAAAGCACAAGCAGCAAGAACGUGAGAAACAAGCCAUUGCUGAGCAAUUGGAAGCCGAUGUGUCUCGCACAACAUUGACGGACGACGAGAACGACCUUGAGGAAGAGGCUUUACGAUCUGUUCCCAACCACCAAUUAGAAGAAACGGAACAGUUUCUUAGUGUCCAAAAGAGAGAACGCAAUAUUGAGCCUCAAUUCAACCGCAAAGUUGUCCAUUCGAAGCAAAAACUUCUUUCUGCAUUCGACGACGAUAUACUGGAUAGCGACGUUGCUGCUGUGGCAUCGCUGACUCCACCACAAAAAUCGAGCCCAUUGACAUCUCCCGUUCAAAAGGAUGAAGUUUCAGACGAAGAACCUAAUGUAUUGGACUUGAUUGGCCAACCUAUAGCACAGCAAGCAAAAAGCAUAAAAAAGAAGAGUCCAAUUGAGGUAUACGCAUCCAAGCUCAAGGAAGAAAACUCCAAAAUUAUCAACCUUGACUCAGAUUCGGAUUCGGAAUCUCAGCAUCAAAUUCCCUCAUUGCCCAAGCAGGACAAAUUGUCGAUCAAGCAGCGGUUUUCAAGAAAGAAAUUGGGCAAAAAAUCUCACAUAGCAUUGGCAUUACCCACCCAUUUGCGGUCUCUUUUAUUAGCAUUGAAGGAGAACCGAACGGGGCCCAAACGAGCACAGCUCUUGUCGAAGUUGAAGAGAGCCAAUAUAGAUCAAAUCCAGGCUCUCCGAGGUGAAAAUGGCGGAAAUGACAUUUUUGAAGAGUUGCAAAAAGACGAAGAAGUCAUGGGAUCAUUGCUCGAGCGGGAAAUCGAACGGGCUCGCAAUAUCAGGAAGAAGGAAAAGAUGAGAGAAAAGCAGAAGAGAGCAGAUCUAGAGUACUUGGAAGCGAUCCCAGAGUCCGAUGGAGAAAUACCCGAUAGUGAUUUAGGAUAUUCAGAAGCCAAUGAUUUCGAGGACAACGACUCCGAUGCAAUAGUGGUCGAUAAAAGGAAAAGAGUGGUACUUCUGUCUGAAGAUGAAGACUCGAUACCUGAGAAGGACACCACUAAACUUGACUUUUCUGCAAUAAGAGUGGAUGACAGUUACAUGUUUGGUGCAUUGGGAGACGAGGAAAAUGCUGGUGAACAGGAUACCAUUACAACCAGCUCACAGCGUCCGCCAGUCUCCUAUACUUCUCCUAAGAGAACUCGAAGACACUCUGUUGCUGAGCAAGAGUUGUUCAAGAAUUUAAGAGAUACUACCCAAAAGAUCAUGCCCAUUCAAAACCACGAAUCACAGAACCACGAAGAUGAAGCUUUUGGUCAGGUACCAUCUUUCCAGGAUCUUGAAACCCAAGCCGAUCCUACACCUACUCAAGGAAUCGCUACUCAGGUUGAUGACGAAGAAGUGACACCAGCUACUCUCAAUAUAGCACGCAAGUUGAUCAAAAAAAAUGGUCCAACUGCGGAUGAAGAGGGAGAAAAAGAAGAAGAAGAAGAAGAAGAAGAAGCAGAGGAAGACGACACAGAUAUCAAAGAACAAAUCAAGAUGUACGAGAGAAAGCUUCGCUUGAAAGAGUUACAGAGCCGCAAAAAACGUCAUAUCAUGGCGCAAAGGGGCCUCAAUAAGAUUAUUGAGGGCGAAGCCGAGGAGUCGGAAGAUGAAUGGCAUGGGCUUGGUGGUAUGGAUGGUGAACUCUCGGAUGUAGCGAACUCGGAAGACGAAAAAAUGAUUGACAACAGCUUCAACUUUGAUCUCAAUGAUGCCGAGGUCAAGCGCAAGUUCAUGGAGCAGUAUCAAAUAAAGGACCAAAAGGAGUUGGAAAAGUUACUUGACGAUAUCAAAAACCACAGGUUGACCAAGAGAGUACGUCCCAAUGGGCUUGAUAUCGAGUUGAGCGACGAAGAAGAUGAAAUUUUGGCCGCGUAUCGAAAGCAAAAGAUGAAUGAACAACGCCAAAGAGCCCUUCAAAAUAAGCAGUCUCUGCACUUGUCAAAGACAGAAAGAGCAAAGGCGUUCUUUGAAAGUAUGGAGGAAGAUUCACAGAGAGUUAUAAAGAUCGACGAUGACGAUGACGAAGAAGAAAUAAGCAACGACGAUAAAGAAGAUGAAGACGAUAUUGAAGCCGAGACAAACAAAAGACGCCGAGUGAUUCGUAUUGAAGAGUCGUUUGUGCAAAAACAGCUCUCUUUUUUGUCCUCAACUGGUACUGAUGAGUAUUUCGAGCAGCAGAGAAUAUCAAGAUUACAACAUGGUUUUGGCUCAGACGAAGAACAUGAAGACUUGAAUGAGCUCAAAAGGAGUAUUAGUGAAAUGAACAGAAGCAGAGUUGAACUUGUGGCUGAAGAACCUCCAAGGAAAGGUACCAGUGAUACCGAUGAUGACGAUAUUAUGCCUGCUUUCAAGCGACCAUCUUUGGUUCAAUCGUUCAGAUCAAACCCUAAUUCAGGAUCCGAAGGAAGCUUUUCUGGGGUCACCAUCAGCAAGCAAUACAAGGCUGCAACCGGCGGAAAGGCUUCGAUCUCUUCGAUGUCGAGGUCAAGACGAGUCAAAAGUGUCAAGGAACAAAAGUUGGAACGUCGCUUGAACCAUGCUACUCAAACUAAAACCAAGCUAUUUUCUGGGUCGGGAUUUGACUAA